AAACAAAACAAGACAAAAACAAAUAAUUUGGAUCUGUGGUUCGAGCAGAUCAGAUCAUCGUCUUCAUCCACCUCGCCAUUUUGCAGCUCAAAGGCUGCAAUUUUAUAACUAUUUGAGCUUGCCUAGUUCAUCAUGUCUGAGCAUAUCAAAGAGACUGGACGAGUGGACAGAGAUGGACAUGUUGGAUCUCUAGAAUCUCUGUCUUCCUCUCGGAAGGAGGAGGAAGUUAUAAAGAAAAAAUAUGGAGGGAUUGUUCCCAAGAAGCCACCACUCAUUUCUAAGGAUCAUGAACGUGCUUAUUUUGAUUCUGCUGAUUGGGCAUUGGGAAAGCAAGGAGUUGAGAAGCCUAAAGGACCUUUAGAAGCCCUUCGGCCAAAAUUACAGCCAACACAACAGCAAACUCGAUACCGGAAGUCUCCUUAUGCUCCAUCAGAUGGUGAAGAUGGAGGAACUGCUCCAAAUGAAUUUGCAACUUCGAACGAAUGAAGCGUUGCUUGUGCUCGUUGUACCUGUUGUAUGCCUGCUUAGGUAUGAGCAAUUUUCUUUUGUUUUUUAGAAUACAAUUGCUCGGGUUCGGGGUUCGUUAUUGUGCUUACAUUAAGAAUGUGUAUUGUAUGGAGGAUGAUAACUACAUUCAUCUAUUUCAUAUUUGUCAUUGAUGACAAAUAUUAUGACUGACCUUACAAGUCAAAUUCAAGAAUGUAGUAAAUCUGUGAGAUAUGUGUAUUGUAGACCAUAUGCCUUCAUCCUACCUUUAAAAAAAAUGUUGUGUGAA